GAGUAAACUGUACACGGCAGGCAAAAUAUUUAGACCGCUCCUGCUGCAUUGGCAUGAGCCAUAACAUGGAUGCUGGCGAAGAUAGUCACUGGUAUUCAGAGCCGUGGGGCGAGCUGGUAUCUAAGAAAGUAUUCUCUCUCUAAAAGGGAAAAGCCCCAAGGCCGUCAAACUACUGUUUUGGCAGCGUUUCUCGUGUCUUUUCCAUCUCAUGAAUUACAAGUUGUAGCAAUGGGAACUGGAACCAAGUGUCUUGGGAGCUCACGUUUGAGUCGAUAUGGUGAUGUUGUGAAUGAUUCACAUGUAGAAGCUAUUGCACGAAGAUGUCUCUUGAGGUGGGGAUGCUUCCCGUUCCCCUUUGUUGCCAACAUGGGAUUUGCUCCAACCAGCAGGGAUUUCACACUCUUGUUUCAAAGAUCGAAUUGUGAAUCUUCAGGACAAUGCUCUACUGAAUUUUGGGAAAACUUUUCUAAAACUGGACUCCAAACACCAUAUAGGGGAGUUGCUAAUAGAAGUGAUAAAGAAAUGGCAGACAAAAUAGAUGGAGAGAUAGUUGUCAGACUUUUGCCUGUAGAGCGUAAUGGUGCAAUUUCUUCUGCUAUGACUCCUGAUUAUUUGUUGAGGCGGUUGGAAAAUAGUGGCUUACAUAGAACAGAUAAUUUGACAAUUGACGUAGAUGGAGUGUUUGCCACUCCUUUCCAUUCGUUGGUUCAUUUGCAUGGCCUGGGAAUGGUUAGAAGAAAACCUGGUCGUGGUGAAACAACUCUUUCUGUAAGCUGUUCAGACAAGAUUGCCCACUCGAAUGUUGUUGGCCUUCAAGGAUCUUUACUCUCUCAUUUUAUCCAGCAACCGAUAUAUAUGUCUUCAAUCACAAUUGGGCAACCAGCUUGCGAGAAUGCUGAAUGCUUGAAUCUAGAGAAUCAAUUGGCGGAAUCUCUUUAUCUCCGUGUUCUUCCAAUAUCAAAGGAAUUGCAGAGUCCUUUCAAACUGAACAAUCAAAAGAUUUUUCAAGCUCCGGUUCCACCAAAGGAAUUUCUUCAAGUUCAAUGUUCCACUGGGCAUACCUAUUUAACGUGCGGAUAUUCUAUCUGCUGGAACAGAUUGGGCUUACAUGAGGUCAUUCUUGGAACUACAGGAAGGAAGCGAGGGACCUCUACGAAAGGGGCACUAUCCCCAUCUACAGAGUCUUCUCUAUGCAACGGCUUUUGGAGGCUUUUGCGUCACUUGUACAUGUUUCUUCCACCGGAUUCAAAGUGGAAAUGUUUUCUUAUCUUGAGCUCAAGAUUAUGGCCAAAGAUUACAGAGCAGCUGUCAGAAUUUUUAAGAACAGCCCAUGUUUCACAAACUGGUUUCAGAAGUCACCAGAUCUCGAGAUGUUCUUCUGUUCAUCUUGAUUGUGAAGACUGCAAGAAGAAUCGUGGCAUGAAAGAAGUGUUAAUAGCCUCUGGUUUGUUAUGGAGAGUUCCUUGUUCUAUAAGCCUGCAAGCCCGGCAUGAUGAUUGCAACUGAUAAUUCAGUUCAAAUGCCAACC